UCUCAAAACAAACAAUUAAUUAUUCACAAAAGUUUGGCCUAAUUAAAAAAUUAUACAUUUUAAAAGUAAACUAAGUUAUACUUAGUGUUUUGUAACUAGAAUCGACAACAGUAACAGUAACAGACACAGAUGGCGCGAGCAAGAGGAAGAAGGUACAGAAGGAACAGGUUACCUGCAUCAAGGAACCGCACCCGAAAGUAUCUUCCCAGAAGACAGAAGACAGGAGCAGGAUUAAACGCUGUUCGCAAGCAGAUGAACACAAGAAGACACUCCAGGAGGUAUCUCGAACAAACCGACUCCGUGAUAUUUGUGAACGAGACUCCGUGCUGCUGCAAGUCAAAGGUGGAGAGGGAAAAGUUCAAGAGCCUUCAUCUCGACUCUGCGUUGUUCCUCGCAGACAAAAAACCAGCAAAGCGUGUCCAGUCACAUAUCUCUGUGAUAACGGUCUCUUCGAGUGACGGCGACAUCGCCGUGGAUCGUACGGCUGAAUGGGUGGCAAAAGUAGAAUCAUCUGUUGACGAUACAAAAAAAUCUUGCAAAGAAGAGGCUUUUAUCGGGGACAUGGAAGCUUUCAGUAGUGAGGGUCUGACGGAGCAGAUAACAAACGCAGAAACCGUUCGAGAGCAAGUGAGUUUGCAGCAAAUUCCACCACAGUCUUCAGCUUCCCCGAUGGAAGCCUUUUCACAAGAGUCCCAGAGCUCGACAAGUAAAAAGGAAAGUAACAGCUGUCUAAAUACAACCCCGCCCAUUUCUUUUCUAACAAACCCAACAGUUGCCCUUUCCACAAAUUUCAGUUGGUGUCCCACAUCUAACAAAAGUCCACACACCAUCACUUCAAAUGAAGGCUUUCCUCGUGAUACAGAAGAGACAGUGGAAAGAUCCCCGAAAUUCAUUUUCGGACAGCUAAAGAGAUUUAAUGAAAUCUGGAACUUUCGUAAAACCACUGCAGAUGCCCCACCCUCCCCUUUGAUAAUUAAUGAAAAUGCUUCUGGAUCACAACAGGACCCAAGUACUUGUUCAACUUCUACGUCUAAUGUACCAAAACAAACCGUGGAUGUAGAGAUAGACAGCCAAACGUUGCUCCAAGCCCCUUCAACUUCAAAAAGUCCGGUUAUAAAUAACAUCCAACAACGUUCAUCUGGAGAUGGCUCUCAAGAAGGAACUUCAGAGUUUUAAAUUUAAACAGUCACACUAAGACAUCUAUUCAGCUGUAAUAAUAUUUCACUGUUGUUUUAUUUAUUUAUAUAUUAAAUAUGAUUUAUUAACUA